UAGGGCUCCAGAGCCAAGGUCCGCCGCUGAACCUCUUCGACGAACUCUACAACAGACACAUCGGCUUCAGUCUCCUGAACUCGACGUCGACAGCGGGGGAGGAAUUCGACGUUUGCUGCGGGAAGGAGCCCAUGACGUUCCUGGCGGACGACCAGCGAGGGGAGAGCGGCAAGAUAACGACCCACCCCCUGGGAAUGCUCAUGCCCGCCCGCCGCCUCAGGAUCUCCAUGCCCACGGACAUCAGAUGGCCGGGUCACGACACCAAGUGCUUUCGCUUCGAGGUCCUGGGCUGUCCGGGAGACGUGAAGCCCUCCGCGUCCCUGGCCAUGCGAGCUGUCCCUGGAGGCUGGGUGGUGGCCACGUGGCACAAGCCGACGGUCCUCAUCGCGGCCACCAACAACGCAAAGCCGGAACCGUUCACGCUGGAGGCCGAGAACUAUCUGGCGACGAUGACGAGGACAGGAGGAAAUGACGACGAGGAAGUGAUCCAGAGUAACUCCACGACUCGGCGAUUCAUGAUAACCGGGCCUCUGUGGGGCGCGAUCUACGCCAUCGCCCUCAAGUGUGAAUAUCAGGGCCUGAGCCUGAACUGCGGAGGGUCCACGCUUGAUGCCAAGGUCGUCGGCUGCAACGUCACCGAACAGUCUUGCAGGAUCCAGAAUCAAGUGGUGUUCCGACGGCCCUCCGAGCUGAAGGCGGAGGUGGUGGGCGAGGGCGAGGUGCAGCUGUCCUGGACCACGGAAAAGGCGGGCUGGGUCACGCCCACGUCUUCGCUGGAGAUCACAGACCCCGAAGGCAACCUGGUGGAUCAGAAAACGCUUUCGAAUAAGAACAACAGCGUGCGUGUGACGGGCGUGUCAGGAGGCAACAACUACACCGUCACGUUCAUCCCUGAAGCAGACUCGGAGAAUUUGCCUCGAUUCUACUUCAGUCUGCAUAUCAUCGCGUGGAGGGACGUGACGACCUCUCCGCGCAAGGACGGCUACGGCGCCUUCGUGACCGACGUGGACCUGAGUGCCACCAUCAUCUGGAACGGCACCUUGAGGGUCACCUGGAUGUCAGCCACGGUGCUGGGCGUCACCUGGAACGGGGAUGUCACCACCACCACAGCCGACGCGGACGCCACCACCACCACGGCCCCACCGACAACGACCACAGUGAUGGCAACGACCACCUUGUCAACUACGGCGGCUUCUCCCACGACCACUAACGCCGUCACGACUCAGCCACCAAACACAACAGACACGACGGCCAACAUAAGCACAACGACCUUUCCAAUGACAUCCACAACUACAGCCGCCCCAACUACAACCACUGCAGUCCCCUCGACCACGACCACGACUCCACCUCCUACAACAACAAGCACGACAACAACCAAGGCAGUGACAGAGGCUCCAUCACUGUCCGUCGAGCACAACACAGCGAAUGCCUUCAUGUACACCGUCACUCUCUCUUCCGAUAAAGGGGAAGUGGAACAUAAUGUGAGCAUGACGAGCAGCCCCUACAUGCGCCACGACUUCUGGUACAUGAGCAUGGAGAAGCAGUAUAGCAUUGCCCUUACGUGUCACUUCGGCGGGGUCUCCGUGCAGUGCGGGUCGUACGUCCUCUACGUCGACAAGCCCCUGCAGUGGUCCGACGUGAACGAGCGCUUCGUGGUGUACGCGGAGGGGCGUGGCCUCGGCGGCUGGGAGCACCAGGAGAUGGAGUGCAGGAAAGGCGCGGGGACGCUCGUGUCCUUAGCCACGUACGAGGAGGACGAGAGGCUCCUGACGGCUCUCGUGGCCAAGGGCACGCCGCCGCACCUCGACGCCUAUUGGCUGGGACUCAACAUGUGCCCCGACUACGACGGCGAUGUGUGGAGCGACGGCUCGCUGUGGCAGCACUCGAGGCUGCCCAACGUGAGGCCCAUGUUGUCCAGCGAGACGUGCUGCAUCAAGGCCGUGUGGAAGCCGGAGGUGCAGAACUACAACUGGCUCGGGGAGAACUGCGAGGCGCUCUUUCCGACCGUGUGCGAGUUCCAUCCGCAAGGUCUCGUGGGCAGGAUCGUCGACCUGCAACGUAGCGACGCGUCUACCACGGAGGCGGCCGCGACCUGGAAAUACCAACCCGAUUUCUGGACGCCCAACCUCUUCGUCAUCAAGACCUGCGAAGUGAUGGACCUCGAGGACCUGGGAAUCGCGGAAAGGAAGGCGUCCUCAGACAGGUGCUUCUUGGGGAACGUCACCAUCAACGCAACGGAGUUCACCCAAGAGAACCUCGAGCCUUACAAGGAAUACCAAGUGAACGUCAGCGCAAGCCUCACCAGCAUCGGGUACACGGGUUCCUCCUCGGCCGCCUUCGUCAGAACACAUCCAGAAACACCUGUGAUGGUUCAGGUCCUUCCCUCAGGUCACCUCCGGGUCGUGUGGGCGCAGAAGGUCGCCGAGUUCGCCGAGGACGACAACGUGGUGAUGAAACUGACCGACGGCGACGGCGAGGAGCAGCAGCAGACGAUACAGGCGAAGGGCGUGCUUCUCGACGGCCUCAAGUUGGGCGCGACCUACACCGUCAACCCCGCGUGCGAGUGCGGCGAGGAGUGCCAUCUCCGAGGCUGGUGCUUCGAGCCGUCGCCCGCGAAGGUCAACUCCAUAACGGCGAUCAGGGAGUGCCAGGACGAAGAGAAGAGCCUCGCCACGGUCUCCAGCUCGGAGCAGGUCGAUCUCCUCCUCAAGAUGGCGGACAAGGUCGGGGACGACUUGUGGGUGUCAGAGAGGUCGGAGAGACUGUCGGCGUCCCGAGACACCCUCAGACUCUUGGCAGAAGGCGAUUCGGAAAUCCUCGACGACGAGUCUGCCGCCGAACCGACCACCGCCAUCCCGAUGCCGUCGCAGUGCCUCGUCGUGUCGCGGGCGGAGAGGGCCAUCGUGGACGAGCCGUGCGCCAACAUCCACACCGCCGCCUGUGGGCGUAAGGUCCCAGUGGCCAAAGCCUUCCCACCCACGAGCAGCAUGAACAUCGACGUCGGGGCCAGCUGGAUCUCGCUAGAUUGGAGCAACACGGACUGGGUUUGGAAAGCCACGUAUACAGUGUAUUACCAGAGGACACGAGAGCGGCGUUACAAAAGGGCCCUCAAGUCAAUGGAUUUCGAGGCUCCUCCAGUUCUUAUCAGCAAUCUGCAGAGGGAUACUUCUUACACGCUAGAGCUCGUGGCGGACCUCGAUAACGGGUUCCUCUCGUCGUCAAACGAGUUCGAAGCCUCCACUGCCAACACCAGCGACGGGGCGUAUCCAGAGAGGCUGAAAGUGGGUUGGGCGCCGUCUUGGGACUACCAGAUUCUACAGCUUGUAAGCGCGGCCAUCAUGGUCGCUUCUUGCAUUACUACAAUGCUGCUUUUCUUUGCCACUGGCAUGUUCUACCAGGACUGCGUGGCCCAGCUUGGGUUUCUGGCGACCGUCAUGGCUGCCUACUUCAACCUCAUGCUCGCCCACCCCUCGACUGUCAAUGCGGAGAAUGAAAGUGGGUGCAUCGCCGUGGCCAUCAUCUUGCACUUCCUGUUCACGUGUGCCUUCAUGUUCCUGAUGCUCGAGGCUCUGACCAUCGCUCACCUUCUCGUCGUUCAGAUUAAGAGUCCGUUCCAGAACUCCAACUGGCUGAUGAUGAUUGCGGGUGUCUUGAUUCCCGGUCUCAUCGUGUGUGUUUCAGCUGCCUUUGUUUAUUCGAAGUAUCCGGAUUUCACGAAGCACAACUGCUGGCUCAACCCCGAGAACUCCGGCAUGUUGGCCGAGGGAAUUCCUAUUGUGAUCCUGCUGCUAUCUACGUUGUUCCUGCUACUUAACACUCUGCGUAGCCAGGAGACUCCUCCGGCUCUCAUCGAGGUUGAUCUCCGCGGUAGACAAAGUGAUUCCCACAAGCUGCGUUGGGUGGUACUAGCCAUGGCGGUGGAACUGUUUGUUGUCUGGGCAACGGGGACAACUGCAUACCAGUACCACGAUUCAAGUUUGCACGUCGUUUUUAGUGCCUUUACUCUGAUCCUCGCAUUCACCAUAGUAGGCUGUCGAACCACGUUUGAUGACACGUUCCGCACCAAGAUGCAUCGCCUGUGUUGUGGAACCGAACUCACCUACAAGCGCAGCGAAAUCCUUACUCUCAGUGGGAGGUCGCGUGUAGGGCCCUCACCUGUGCAAUUGAUGAACACCUCAGCGGCCUCGAAUAGUCCAGUUCGCUCAGUUCGUUCAGCUCCUUCAUCCCAUGUCUCAGCUACUGAGGAGAGGACCAGCCAGGUAACUACAUCAAGUUAUUCACUCCCUAACACACCUCCAGAAGAGAAGACUCAGGAUUAUAUUCUUAUUAGGAGGUCGUAUAACUUUAAUGAAGAUGAUCCUGACGAUUAUUAUUGAAGAUCUUCAAUCUAGUCUGCAGAUUCCUUAUCAGUUUAGGAAUAUUGAAAAAGAAAGUGGUAGUAGUAUUAAUAGAUUUUCCUAAAUUAUGAUCAUAUGAAUUUUAGUUCUGAGUGUUUUGUAAUACACACAAAAAAGUACAAGCAUAACAUUAAUUGCAUUGUUAUUUCUUAAAGCUUGCCUUUUUGUAACAAAUCGGUAUACCCUUGCAAGGUAUUUGGUUCAAAUUUGAUUUUCUGCAUUCCCACAUAUAUAAAGAAAAUUGUAAUGAUAUUACUGCAGUAGUACUGAAAUUGUAGUGUGUGUGGAUAAAAUGUAAAUUCUUUUAAAUAAUCUUUAUUCCUUUGUACGUCUUGGUACAUGUACAGUUCAUUUAGGUAAGAAAUUGUCAGUGAUUACUGUCAUGGUAUAAAGUCUGUGAUUCUAUGUUGUGUUAUGUGAAAUAUCUUUUCUUGUUAAUAUGUAGUGUAGUUUUUCUUGCUAGGUUUGUCUGGAAAACUGUGAUUUUGUGACAUAGUCUACAAAAGAGUUGGAAGUAAAUAUUUUUAUGUAGAUAUUAAUGUUUUCUCAGACAGGUUUAACAUACUGGAGUCAAAACAAAUCUUCAAAAGAAUACAAAGGACCUUCAUGGCAUGGAUAUGUGAUUUUCUUUUUGUAUUAUUUCUGUCUGUGAUAUGUUAUACUAUUGAGAAUGAGCCAAUUUAUUCUCCUACACCAUGAGAGUCCUUAUGUGUUUAAAUAAGUACACUGACUUCAUCAAAUAGUUAUCUCAAAUAAAAUGUAAGUAAAUCUUUUAUAAUUCAUAAAAGAUUUAUGUAAUUUGUAUGUGGUUACAGUCAAUCAUGCUGCAUAUUACAGUAAGAUGUGUGGACUGUUAGCUUUAGUUUGUGUGCAACAUUUCACAGGCUUUGUCUAUUAUGCUAAAAAGACUGUCCUUUUCUUUUAGUAUAUUCUUUUAUCAAAACUGACUUUAUACAUAUUCAAAAUAUGAACAAAAGCAAGUACGUCAAAUGAACAGAGAUUAUCAAGACAGGAAUUCUUAACAUGACAGCAAUAAUUUUUUAACUUGCAGACUGAGACCAUUUCUAAUCAGUGAUAUAUGUAAGGUCAUUUAUUACAAGCUGAUCAGCUGAGAAGUUUGUGGGAAAAAGUGAAAGCUUCUUAAAAACUUGCUUAUCUACAUUACAGGAAUUCUGGAACUACAACAAGUCACUAGAUAAAACCUAUGACCAGACCUUAGCAUCUACCUUAAUUACCAUCUUUGUAAUAUUAAUGGUGUCAAGUGUGCAGAGCAAUAA